AUGUCUAUUCUCGGGAGUUUUGUCGAGCCACCUGAGUUUGAAAGCCGUCUGGUAUCUUUCUAUCGAAACAAGACGCCGGACAAUGCAGGACGAUUACUUUCCCACAUCAUGUCGUGGGAUUAUGAAAAAUUGGAGGAUACACACGACUACAUUCAAUGGCUGUUCCCUCUUCCAGAAGAGUCUAUGUUUUCCGGUGCACCUUUAGUUGAUGAGAACGUCUUCAAUGCGUUCCAUGCAUUCAAUUCUUCCCCUGAAUUACAGUGUCAUCUCAAGGACUCUUUGAUUAAAAUGUUGGACUUCUAUGGAUUCAAGUUCGCUAAUCAUUCGGAUGGAAACGAUUUGCCUGUUAUAAUCAAGUCCUCCAAUUUCUAUGAAAGAUGCUCCAACUGGCUUAUCAGGAGAGACCACAACCAUUUGAGAAUCAGCAGAAUCCUUCGCUCUCUUCGCGUUCUGGGCUUAGAAGCAGAAGCUGCCGCAUUCUACAAGGCACUGUCAGACAUUAUUUACAAUGGGCAUUCUCAAGUUGUGAGCUCUCAAUCUGCGGACUUCUGGCGACGCGCUGCUGAGAGACCUCUACACUGGGCACCACAUCUGACUGAGAGUGAAUGUGCCAACGAUAGAAAAUGGAAAAUUGGUCUGAAUUUCCUUAAGGCGUAUGAGAGACUCAAUAUGGCUAGAGAUUUGCAAAAACAACACGACGCAAAGAAGGCACUCGAGGAGCAGAAAGAAGCAGAAUUCCAAGUCACGAAAGUACACAUUGCUGCAGUCACCGCCGAUCGGAAGAGAAAAAUUAGUGGAGAGGUCAAGACUGGUCCGAAAAAGCGAGCCAGUAUUUCUCAGGAAAGCAAAGGUCAAAAUUCCGAAUCUCAACGUUCGGAAAAAGAAGCUGUGGUUGCUGAUGCACGUGAACCCAAACCAGAAUUGCAGCACGUCGUACAAGAUGAAGCUCUACCAAAUGAACCUAAGUCUUUCCAAUCUGAGUUCAUCAAACCUGAGCUUUUUGAACUCGCACUUGUUGGGCCCGGGCUUGCUGAACCCGAGCCUAAGGUUGACCAACCCAAGAUUGAAGAUCCCAGACUCAAGCUUGUUGACUCUGAGGUUAUUGAACCUGAGCUUCUUGCACUCGCCCUUGCUGAACCCGGACUUACUGCACCCGAGCAUGCUGAGUCUAAGGUUGACCAAUGCGAGCUUGGAGAUCCCAGAGCUACCCCUGUUCAAUCUGAGUUUGUUAAACCUGAGCUUUUUGAACUCGCCAUUCAUGGACCCGGGCUUCCUGGACCCAAACUUGACAAACCUGCCGGUGAACGUAUAGAACGAAAGUCCUCGGAACGCGGUGAACAAUCCGCCAUUCACCAAAUUCAACAAUACCAGCUCAUGUCUCCUCGCCAACCUUGA